AGUCACCGCUACUCAGCUACUUUUGUCCACUUCGUUUAGAGCUAUAGCUUACAGUCAAUUGCUACCACCAUAGCCACCUUGCUGCGGAACGAACUCACACGAACACUUGACAGGCCAGUAACGAACACCUAGGAGGAACUCGACGCAAGAAUGUCCAAAGUAGACGAGAUCCCCGUAUUGUCCUUUAUCCUCGAACCGCUGCUGGUCGUCUCCCUCCUCACAGCAGGUUGCCUCGUCAACUACCGCAGUGGAAAUUCCCAAUCCAUCGUCCACGCCAGCAAACUCCUCACCGACCACAGACCGGCGAGUUUACCUAUCCCGUUUGGGAAACAAUUGAGGAUUCCGGAGACGGAACGGUUCAGGCGGAAUGUGACGAGUCGGUUCUUGGCUUAUUUCCCGUUCUUGAUGGAGGUCUGGUAUUGGUUGUUGACGUACUGGAUUUACCAGGGUUUCCGAGCGGCCCAAGCGGUGACGAUGGGCAAAAACACCCGCCAGAUCUCGCAGGACCACGCCAUCUGGUUACUCAACAUCGAAAAGGCCUUGGGGAUCGAUAUCGAGUUGGGGUUGCAAAAGUUGAUCUUGGAUAGGCCGUUCAUCCUUUGGUUCUUCAACAAGACCUACGCCAUGGUCCACAUCCCAGCGACCAUCUCCUUCAUCGGCUACUCCUUUUACGCCUUUGCCCCGCCCACCUUCCAAAAAGUCAGGAGGACGCUGGUCUUGUGCAACACCAUCGCCUUUGUCGUCUUUACCGCCUGGCCUUGUAUGCCACCGAGGUUGUUGCCCAAGGACGAGUACCAUUACGUGGAUACGCUGCAUACGGGCAAGGCUGCUAGUAUCUGGACGACCAACAAGUUUCAGAAUCAGUUGGCUGCUUUCCCUUCGUUGCACUUCGGAUACUCGUUCGUCAUUGGACUCUCCUUGUUCCUCUAUUCGCCGCACAAGCCGGUCAGGAUGGUCGCCCUCGGUUAUCCCUUGUUGAUCUUGACUGUCAUUAUGGCCACCGCCAACCAUUACCUCCUCGACGCCGUCGGUGGCUUCUUCGUCACCAUCCUCGCCUACAAGAUCAACACCUACCUCCUCUACCUCCGCCCGGUCGAAGAGUGGGGCAUGUGGUUGUGCCGAACCGAGAAACCGCUGGACAAGGCCAUCUUCGAUCAGGCCCUCAGGGAGCACGGACACGUGACCGCCGGGGUUUCGGAUUCGGAGGAGGAUGUCAACGUACACUUGUUGGAUGAGGAGAGACGUAGGAGGUCGAGCGAGUAAUACGACGUCUUGUGAGCAAGGGGAACGGUGGGAAGGACGGAUUGUACGGAACGGGGCGAUAAUGGCGCUUCAACGUUUGUCGUGAAUGGGACAGACGUUGGGCUCAUGGUGUACGAUAUGCAAUGAUAAUGAUACAACAGGGCUGCGAUAAGAG